AUUGACUUUUAUAUCAAUAUAUGUUUUUGUUAUCGUUAUCUGUGAAUGUGAAAAGUGAUUUUUUGGCCAUUCAUUUUUGUUUGAUGAAGUCGUUGAAGAUAUUAGGUAGUACUCAUAGAAUAUUGCUCUGAUUUACACCAUACAUUUGAAGGAAUGUCUGCAAAACAAAAUCUACAAAAUGAAUUUUAUCAGAACUGUUCGAUCAUGUAUUUCUGAGUUAUUUUGUGGUGCACGAGUUUCGUCUGGUAAUAAAGAAGAAGAAAAAUCUGAUACUGUCAGUAUUGCGAGUAUUGCCAGUGGCGUUUUCAUACGUUCUGGAAAUAAUAUAUCUGAAGGAUUACAACCACAAACCAGUUUACGACGUUCUAAUGGCGACUCUAUAUAUGUUAAAUCUGAUAAAACUGGUGGUGAUACUACCACUCCGUCUAAAAUUUAUACUGUGAGUAAACUCGCAACUACUAAUUAUAAAGUUUCAAGUUCUAAUAAGAAGAAAAUACAUAAUGUUCCCAAUUCUUCUGAAAAUAAGAUACAUAAAGGAAUACAACCACAGAAUAGUUUACAAAGGACUAAAGUUGACUCUAAUAAAACUGCUGGUAACACUAUCACAUUACCCUCAAAUUCUGAUGUAACUGGAUUUGGUGUUACCCAUUAUAACGUUUCCAAUUCUGCUGAAAAUAAGAUACAUAAAAGAAUACGACAGAGUAGUUUAGAGCAUCCUACAGCUGGCUCUAAAUAUGACGAAUCUAAUAAAUCCACUGGUAACACUACAACUUUGCAUAUUAGUGAGUUUAGAGUUGCCAACAACGAAGUUCCUAAUUCAUCUGAAGAUAAAAUAUAUAAUAGAUUACAACCACUGAGUAGUUUACAAAGUACUAAAGUUGACUCUAAUAAAACUGCUGGUAACACUAACACAUUACCCUCAAAUUCUGAUGUAACUGGAUUUGGUGUUACCCAUUAUAACGCUUCCAAUUCUGCUGAAAAUAAGAUACAUAAAAGAAUACGACAGAGUAGUUUAGAGCAUCCUACAGCUGGCUCUAAAUAUGACGAAUCUAAUAAAUCCACUGGUAACACUACAACUUUGCAUAUUAGUGAGUUUAGAGUUGCCAACAACGAAGUUCCUAAUUCAUCUGAAGAUAAAAUAUAUAAUAGAUUACAACCACUGAGUAGUUUACAAAGUACUAAAGUUGACUCUAAUAAAACUGCUGGUAACACUAUCACAUUACUCUCAAAUUCUGAUGUAACUGGAUUUGGUGUUACCCAAUAUAACGUUUCCAAUUCUGUUGAAAUUAAGAUACAUAAAAGAAUACAACGACAGAUUAGUUUAGAGCAUCCUACAGUUGGCUCUAAAUAUGACGAAUCUAAUAAACCCACUGGUAACACUACAACUUUGCAUAUUAGUGAGUUUAGAGUUGCCAACAACGAAGUUCCUAAUUCAUCUGAAGAUAAAAUAUAUAAUAGAUUACAACCACUGAGUAGUUUACAAAGUACUAAAGUUUACUAUAAUACUACCAAUUUAUUUUCAAAUUACAGUGUUAAUACAUUUAGAAACCAAAGUGUAUAUCCAACUAAAGACGAUUUAGUAGAGACCAAAAUUGGAAAUUUAAACCCCAAUAUUAUCCAAGGACAGUAUGAAACUUUAGAUAAUUAUUUAAGUACUCAUUUUACCCUUCUUCGAGAAGAUUUUAUAAAACCCUUACGAGAAGAUUUAAAAUUAUAUUUUUGCGGUAACAAGACAUUAGAUAACAUAGUUAUCCAUAAUAUAACAUUUAUAAGAAGAGGAAUAAAUAAUGAUGAAUAUAUUUUUUGUAUUCAAUUAACAAAAACACUUACUACUUCUUUGUCGGACGACGAGGAUUCGGAAAAAUCGUUAAAACGGUUUAUGACGGGUUCUUUGGUGAUUUUUACGCGAAAUAAUUUUGAGGAUUUUUUUUGUGGAAGAGUAUCAAACAACGAUGGAUUCCGAAACAAGUUACUAUCGAUUAACUUUGAAUCUAAUACAUUAAACCAAAUAUGUUGUAAACCCGAUAUUGAAUAUAAAAUGAUAGAGUGUAAUGCAUUUUUCGAACCAUAUUAUAACGUUUUGACAGUAUUGCAGAAAGUAUAUUCUUCUACUAUAUCAAUGGAAAACUAUCUGGUUCAAGUUGAAUCAAAUAUUAAAAUGCCAAAAUAUCUAAAAGGUAUAAAACAGCAUGUUCUUAUUAACGGAUUGAACCCGUCACAACAUACUACCCUAAAUGCUGUGUUAUCGCAAGAAUUGGCUAUUGUUCAAGGGCCACCUGGAACAGGAAAAACGUUCAUGGGUAUAGAAAUUACAAAUCAGCUUUUGAAGAGAUCUUCUUUAUGGUAUAAUAACACGCCUAUGCUAAUUUUGAGUUGUACGAAUCAUGCUUUAGACAACUUUUUGGAACGGGUAACAAAAUAUACUCCUGAAAUAUUAAGAUAUGGGGGCCAAUCCAAAAGUCCUAGUAUGCAAAAUUACUUGUUUCCUAAACGAAGAAAGGCUUUUUACGAAAGGGCGCCCCACCGUAAACGGCAAGUUGGGCCUUUAUUUCGAAACUAUAUGAAUCUUAAAGGGCAAAUUAACCGCAUUGAAAAGAAAAUUGACUCGAUCAGAAUAAAUCGGCAUAUUUUCAAUUUGAAAGAAUUGACAAGUAAGAUACAAGGUGUUCCAAAGAGCUUAUGUGAAUCAGAUGAAUUAGAUUUGAUGUGUUGGCUGCUGGAAGAUGAUGAUACUGUGAGAAAUGAUAACUUCAAACGUCUGAGCUUAGAUGAUAUUAACAAAGUUAACCUUUUUUUUAAGAAUGAUGAAAAAAUGGAUCAAGAUUUUAUGAAAAUUUUUGUGAAAGCAAUAGUUAAAUUUGCACCCACAAAUAUGUUCGAUUUAAUUGGUAGAAUUGUUAAAGGAGAUCAAAAAUACAGUCCAGAUUACUUAAAUGUUUAUAAAUAUCUACUAAAUAAAAUUCAUUAUCUUGAGAAUGGCUUGAAAAAGAAGGCUAAAACAUCAUGUCAGCGAUGGCGCCUUUAUUAUAUCAUGUUAGAAAAAUAUGAAUCCAUAUUGGUGGAAGAACUGGAACCGCUUACAGAAUUAUGUAUAAAAGAAUAUAAAAAACUUAAAGACGUUCAAAAUCAAAUAAACGUUGAAAUUAUGAGAACACAAAAAGUAAUUGGUAUGACCACUACAGUAGCAGCUAGGAUGUAUUCGACUAUAAAAGAAUUAAAAUGUCCAAUUGUUAUUGUAGAAGAAGCUGCUGAGGUAUUAGAGUCUCACAUAAUUCCUGUUCUAACAGAACACUGUCAACAUCUCAUUCUACUAGGAGAUCAUCUUCAAUUAAAACCUUCUACCACUGACUAUACAAUAGAAACUGAUUAUAAUCUUGGCGUGAGUCUUUUUGAGAGAAUGGUAAACAAUAAUAUUCCAUACCACACUUUAAAUGUUCAGUAUCGAAUGAGACCAGAAAUUGCCAGUUUAAUUUCUCCAAGUAUAUAUCCAGAACUCACUAAUCACGAAAGUGUGGAACAGUUUCCAUCAGUUAGAGGUUUUGGAAAGAACAUGUAUUUUAUAAGCCACGAUAAUUUGGAGAAUGAUGCUAAUACAAGCAAAGAAAAUACCUAUGAAGCAAAGUUUCUUAUUCGGUUAGCGGUAUACCUUCUUCAAAAUCAGUAUGAACCCAAGGAUAUUACCAUACUAGCUACUUAUCUAGGCCAAGUUGAAGUUUUAAGAAAAGAAAGGAAAAAAAUUCAUAAGAAUGAUGAUCUUCAGAAUAUUCAAAUUACAUCGGUUGACAAUUUCCAAGGGGAAGAAAAUAAAAUUAUUUUGUUAUCUUUGGUUAGAAAUAAUACUGAGAAUAAGAUUGGUUUUCUAUCUAUUGAGAAUAGAGCAUGUGUAGCGCUUUCUAGAGCUAAGGAAGGUUUCUAUGUUAUGGGGAAUAUGGCGCAACUGUCCAGAAAAAGCAAGCUAUGGAGAAAUAUUGGAAUGACUUUCAAGCGUUUUAAAGCUAUUGGCAAGAAUUUGCCUUUAAAAUGCCAUAAGCAUUCUGGAGAAAUUGAAAUAAAGAAUGUUGGUGACUUUGAUAAACUAUUAUCUAAAAAUAUAUGUGAGAUAGUAUGCCAGAAAAAAUCACAUCAACAUAGAUGACGAAUACGAUUACCAUUUGUGUGUCCAUAUUAGCAAAAUAAACAUUGGUGGAUGGUCAUAGUAUGUAGACUCACCUUAAUGCAAGUAUAUUGAUUUAACCAAAGCGCGUUAUAUAAGUUAAUUUCAGUAAUGGUCAAUCAUAUUUUGAUAAAUUUCAGUGUUUAAAAGGAUUUCCUACAAAAUUCUACAAAUGUUAUGGAAAAAUAUAUUUUUGAAUACCUA